AUGUUUGGAACCAACAGUGGAGGAACGUCACUAUUUGGAGGGGCAAUCAACACUUCAACUCCGGCAUCGAAAGUGGUCAAUACAGACAAUGCGUUCCAGCCUAGGCAUAAGUCGGCCUCCGGUGGUCUUUUUGGCGGAAUAGGUGGUGUGGCAGCCAAUGGCGUGUCAACGCCCAGUCCUUCGGAGGGCUUAUUUGGAAAUAAAAGCAACGGAAACGCUGCCCAAUCCAGUGCCAAAGACUUGUUUGGCACCGGAAGCAAACCGAACACGACGUCAGGCACGCUAUUUGGUGGAAAUGGGGGCGGUGGCAUAACGCCUGGUGGACUUUUUGGUUCUAAGGCCCCUCAAAAAACUCCAGCACUGGCUCCGGGAGGUCUUUUUGGCUCAACUAAUGGCAAUAGCAAUACGGGUGGGUCGCUAUUUGGUAAUAGUCAGGACUCCAAUCAGAAUACGGUUUCUUCAACUGGAUUGUUCGGAAACUCUAACAACUCCACGGCUACCGGAAUCAAUAAUUCAGGAAUGGCUACUUCUAAUUAUGGUGGUUUAUUUUCAAAUAAGCCCUCGACCGGCAUGGGGAGCGCUGGUAGCAGUACCAUCGGAGGCACACUUUCAACGCCAGCUUCUCAGUCAAGUCAAACCCAGGCUACUAACCCAUACGGCAUCCAAGUCAGUAAUUUACCAAGUAAUGUUGUCAACAUGCCGGAAUCGAUUACCUCGUCCUUACUAAGGAAAAAACCACAGGAUGCUGAUCAAAAAGCGUAUGAGAAACCCCAAAAUUUUUCGGUCUCGUCAACAAAUCACCUACCUUCGUCAAAUUACAAGACGAGCGCCACAUUAAUAGGGAAGCUGAGCUCGAGAUUAAAGAAUGCUCGAAGUAUCGAUCCUACGCGCGGUCUAUUCUCUCCUUCUAGGAAACCGUUGUUCAACUUGGAUGGUAAAAUUUCAAAGAAUGAUGAGAAUAACAUUUUAGAGCAGCCAAACAAGCAGCUUAUCAACAAUACAAUGCCCCAGCUAGGAAGAAACGGGACUAAAGAUCUGCGUAAGUUGAAAAUUGAUACUGGGAGGAUUGCAGAAAAAAAAAUCAAAUUACUUAAUGGUGCCAGUCGAGCAACCAGCGUGAAAGUUUUAGACGAGACAAAUUUUGACUCUAAAGGUGAGGAAGGAGCUGGGCAAUCCAAGAGACAGGCAAAUGAUUCGCAGGCCGUAAGUUAUGGCAACCGCACCGUUGACACAAUAACCGAGAAGAGCCGUGUGGACCACGGAUACUGGUGCUCCCCUUCUAUCGAACAACUUACUAAAUCUCCGGUUAAGCAGCUCUGUAGUGUGCCUAACUUCAUUAUCGGUCGCAGAGGUUUUGGCGCAAUUUCUUUUGACAGCGACGUAGAUUUGAGUUCUUUCGUUGAUGAUUUAGAGGGGAAUUUGUUCGGUAAGGUAGUUAUCUUCCAUGGAAACAGAACUGUCGAGGUUUAUCCAGAAGGAUUAUUGAAGCCAGCUUUUGGUUAUGGUCUUAAUGUCCCUGCAACUAUCUCGUUGGAAAAAAUAUACCCUACGAAGGGCCAAUCUCUUGAGCUAAUCAAGGAAUUCUCUGCUCCGGAAGUACAAUUGUUGAUAAGAAAACUUCGCGCUCAGAAGGGCAUGGCAUUUGUUUCUUACAAUCCAACAGAGGGACUUUGGACUUUCCGAGUUCAACACUUUAGUAUAUGGGGCCUAAUAGAGGAGGACGAUGAAACCUCCCAGAAUCUAGAGGAAGGCCAGCACUCCGGUAAAUUAGCAUUUUCUAACUCAAAACCAAUUAGUAAAGUGGAAAACGCCACGGCAGGACGUCUACCUAUCCAAAACAUUGUACAUCCGGGCACUGCUGAAACUCAAGACACAGAUAUGUUAAACCUAAUAGAUGAAAAACAAUACGAACCUUUAGAUGUCGGGCCAGCAGAUAUAAAGGGUAUCGAAGUUCAGACAAACUUGAGUGUCUCUAGCGAUUGGAUUUUGCAGCUGAAGCUCGCCGGUCAAAAUCAUCGGUCUAUUUUUGCAUUGGAGAAGGAGAAGAAAGGUUCCGGAAAUCUAUUCGCUUCAUUAGAAGUCGAUCUGGAGCAGCGCAAGGACAUUAAAAGGAGACUUCGAAUUACGAAGGUACCACCUUUCGCUAAAUUUUCGGGAGACUCGAGACUUCUCAUGACUUCUGCACACAAGUAUAGUGGGUGUGUAGAGCGUUCAGUUUUGACCUACGCUGGCGAUGCUCUCUCAAAAGGGAGCAAUGCUUUUGAAUCCUCUUUUCAUCUUGCUGAAAUCGAGGCACGCCACAAAAAUGCAUACCCUUCGGUCACAAACUGGGCGGUAACUAUUGAGGAAAUUGGAAACCUUCUCAGUAAUCGAGAGGAGGAUCGCCAGCUGUGGUCCUUAAUCUCAAUUUUGUUUGAUGAAAUAUUUGAGGACAGUAUUUCCAGUGAGCAGGUAAGAUACCAAAAGCUGUGUGAUUGGGUUGUAAAAAGUAACGAAAAGGCAAUCUCGGAUCGCAUGUCGCUAUCUACUAGCUCGAAUGAACAGAUAUUCUUGCAUUUAAUGUCUGGAAAUAUUGAGAGCGCUACUAAGCUAGCUAUAAAAUCUAGAAACCUGCACCUAGCCCCCAUCCUGACUCUUCUAGGAGGCGAAGAUAAUAAUGUUACUUCUUUGGCCAAGCAACAAUUACAGAAAUGGAAAAGUCUCAAUAGAAAGGUAGAGCCUUUUGUUAUAAAAACCUAUCAAUUACUAGCUGGUAUGGUGUUUGAUAAUGAAGCUCUAAUCGACUUUAAAAACCACUACUCGUGGCUUGAAUGCUUGGCAAUUCACCUUCUUUAUGGUAAGAGACGGGCGCAGACACUUGAAGAAUCCGUACUUGAAUUUUUUGAUACUUGUCCUCUGGAGAAGAAAACAAAAGCUGAGAGUAUCAUAAAUGAUAUUUUGAAUUUUUACAGCUCAGAAAAUGGAAUGGAGGAACUGUUAGAAAAGAUUGAAAUUUCGAACGAGGCUUCCAAAUGCCGCAACAUGUGGUUCAUUAUGCAAACUCUGCAUUACAAAAGUGAUCUUUCUUUCUCAGCUGAGAAGAUGGACAGAAUAACUUUGCAAUUUUUCGAACAACUUGUGUCGAACAGUUUUUACGUAGAAGCGUUGUUCACCCUAAUUUUCUUGAAGAAUGACGAGUUGGCUAAACGUGAAAUUGAUAUUUUGGUAUCAAGACAUGCUCAAUUCUUCUACAGAGAAUUUAGCAAAGAAAAACUGAAGAAGUUCAAAGUUCCAGAAGGCUUAUUAUUUAAGGCGAUGGCACUAUAUUACAAGAAUAUUGGAGACCAUCUCGCAGAGAUGGACAAUUUAUUAAAGGGAGGGUUUAUGGAGGAGGCCGCGAAGUGUUUGUACCUGAAUGUUGGACCUGAACUAAUUUUGCAGAGCUCUCAGGAUAUUUCAAAACUGGACGUUUUGCGAACUAUGUUGAAGCGGACUCUUGACAGCUCGCCGCUCAAGCUAGACCGUACCUUGAACCUUUUUCAAGACUACACGCAUCUCAUUUUAGAUGGGGAAGUAAACACACCUAACCUUGAGAAAAUUUUGCAUGCAUUACCGACAUACUACAAAGCGCAUAGUCAUCUGAAGUUGGUUUCAAUCUGCUGUUCAGUAAUGUCUAGUAGGGUAGCGAUGGCUUAUAUGGAACACAAAAAGGGAAGUAUUACGCACUAUGUGAUGGAGGAACGGCUAGCCGAGCUACCGAUUGGAGAACCAGAAAGGCGAACAAUGAUGAAAAGGAUAAAGAGAAGCUACUCGACAACAUAG